GGAGGGGGAGAGCCGUGAAGAUGGCGGCAGUGGUGGAGGUGGAGGUUGGAGCAGGUGCUGCCGGGGAACGGGAGCUGGAUGAGUGUAACUCCAUUCUGGUACUCAUACUACUCCAUGAAGUGCUAAAUAGUCCUCUCCGCACCAGGGUUGAUAUGUCAGACCUCUCCCCAGAGGAGCAAUGGAGGGUCGAGCACGCACGCAUGCAUGCCAAGCACCGCGGCCAUGAAGCCAUGCAUGCUGAAAUGGUCCUCAUCCUCAUCGCUACCUUGGUUGUGGCCCAGCUACUCCUGGUGCAGUGGAAGCAGAGGCACCCCCGCUCCUACAAUAUGGUGACCCUCUUUCAGAUGUGGGUUGUUCCCCUCUAUUUCACAGUGAAGCUGCACUGGUGGAGGUUCCUUGUGAUCUGGAUCUUGUUCUCCGCCAUCACAGCCUUUGUCACCUUCCGAGCCACCCGAAAACCACUAGUACAGACAACCCCAAGGUUGGUUUAUAAGUGGUUCCUGCUGAUCUACAAAAUCAGCUAUGCCACUGGCAUCGUUGGCUACAUGGCUGUGAUGUUUACCCUCUUUGGUCUUAACUUAUUAUUCAAGAUCAAACCAGAAGAUGCCAUGGACUUUGGCAUUUCUCUCCUCUUCUAUGGCCUCUACUAUGGUGUUCUUGAGCGGGACUUUGCGGAAAUGUGUGCAGACUACAUGGCGUCUACCAUAGGGUUCUACAGCGAGUCGGGCAUGCCUACCAAACACCUCUCGGACAGUGUGUGCGCCGUGUGUGGGCAGCAGAUCUUUGUGGAUGUCAGUGAAGAGGGCAUUAUAGAGAACACAUAUAGGCUGUCUUGCAACCACGUAUUCCACGAGUUCUGCAUCCGCGGCUGGUGCAUUGUGGGAAAGAAGCAGACGUGUCCCUACUGCAAAGAGAAGGUAGACCUCAAGAGGAUGUUCAGCAACCCCUGGGAGAGGCCACACGUCAUGUACGGGCAACUGUUGGACUGGCUUCGCUACUUGGUAGCCUGGCAGCCUGUCAUCAUUGGCCUGGUGCAAGGCAUCAACUACAUUCUGGGCCUGGAAUAGUCAGGAAGAAGAGCAUCCACCCACCAUGGACCUCAGGGCUCUCUCCUCCCUGCCCUCCAAGACCUCCUGGGUGGGAAAGACUCAAAGGGGCACUUGGGCCACUCAGGACCCCCCUGGCUGUGUCCAGGCUGGGGAGGGGUACGAGGGAGAGCCAGUCGGUGGGGCUGUCAGCAGUGGGGGCUUUUUAAAAGAAAACUAUUUUGAUGAAUAUAUUUAAAAACCUUUUUUUAUUGUGGAGCAUAGGAAUUGCCCUAACUCCUCCAGGCCUCCACCUCUCUACCUGAGCAGGGCGGGAGCGAGCUACAACAUUUUUGGUGUAAAGGAGCCUUCUCACCUCUGGCUGAGAGCCCCAACCCCUCCCCUCCCUUCCGAGUGUGGGGCACCAGCCUGGUGCAGUCAGUGUGGAGGAGCCAGAGAGCUCUGGGCGGUGCACCGAUGAGCACUGAGGGGUGAGACAUCCUCCCUGCUCCCCUGGCUGGGGGUCCCGGGCAUGCACUGUCUGACUCCGUCUUCCCCUGUGCAGGGGCCAUAGGCUGGUUGAGGCAAGUGGACCCUUGUGACUUUUUCUAACAAGGGAAGCCCUGGGACCUCAGAACUCACUGAGGAUUUGUUUGGGAGUGACCAGCAGCAGCAGCAGCUUGAGGAAUCUGCCUGAGCAGGGCUGUACUCAGCCAAGAAGAAAGACCAUCCAUACACAACUGAGCCCAGGGAGCUGCUGUCAGCAGCAGUGAUUGAGGGCUGCUUAUGCAGGCUGACCCUCUGCCCACAAGUGGUGACACGUGCCAAAGGCCACUGCCAUGUCACUUCCUUCCCUGAAUGCCCGAGGGAGCGUGUGCGCAUGUGUGUGUGUGUAUGCGUGGCAGAGGGACUAUGACAAAUGUGAGACUUCUUACUGUGGUCACAGUGUUCCCUUAAAGCUGGCAGGGGAUUCCCAGCCCAAGGAAUAGCUAUCCCCAUGUUAGCCUUGUCACCCACGGGUCCUGCCUGGGCCUGGCAACAUGAGUCAGGGGGCAGCAGGAAGAGGGUCAGGCCCAGGUGAGUAUGGGUUCUGGAAAGGGAUUCUAGGUAGGCCCCAGUUCUGGUCCUAAGAGUUUUGAAGGAAGUGGGAAGGCAACACAGGCCUUCCGCACUGGAUUCUUAGGGAAUAUGGCCCUUCAAGUGCAGCAAGAGCCAAGCAGGAUCUUGUGACUCUGUUCUGAAUAAAGCUCCGUGAGCUGGGCUGGAAAGCUGAA